UGUUUCUAUCAUUUAUGGCACCGUGACUCCAGUAAAUCCAUCGACAAGGUUGGCCGAGGGUUCCGUUUCCGUGCUGUACAGCUCUAUAACUGCAUGUCUCUACGCUCUUCACAGCAAAUCAUCAAAGGCACAAAUAAAGGAUAACGUGCGGCCAGUUCCAGACUUCUCCUCAAACUGGUGACAGAGAAAGAGCCCCGGGUCCGAAAACUGAUAUGGAAACGCUUCGUGAAAAUGCACAACGUGCUCUCCAAAUGAGAGGAAUUGCUGAAAGCAAUGGGGGAAGAUGGUACAGGACAUGCAUGGUUCGAUAUGGAAGUUGUUCUUAUCAUCAAAACACAACCCGCACUCAUUCCAUGAACUGAUUCCAACAGUUUGUGAUCUGAUCGAAUCGUUCAAAGCCAUGCAGGCUUCCUUGGAACUAGCUGCUGAACUGAAAGAUGUUCAGCAAAUGCACAGGGAGACACUGAAGGCACAGACGGAAACAUUGAGAGUGAACAUGUUCCUGAUGACGGAGAAGGUUAAGGCGUUCCCACUGGUUGAUCGAUACGCUGAGCUCACGAUCAUAUUCACUGUUCGAGAUCGGGAAGUAGUGGAACAUGAGCUGUUGGCAAGAGGCCGGGACCAUGAAGAGUGGAGAGAGGAACUUCUCGGGGGAGAGUUAGAAAAAAUCCGAACUGAUCAGUUAUUCCAGAGCUUUUGGGCGAGGAAAUCCAAAUCAGGCAGUUCGACUUCUGUGGCUGGAGUUCCGGGGAUCGGAAAAACAACAAUGGUGCAAAAAAUUGUUUAUGACUGGGCCACAGGGAAAAUAUUCCAACAAUUCCAGUUUAUCUUCAGUUUCAAAUUCCGAGAUUUAAACACGAUUAAAGACAGGAUAACCCUGAACGAACUGAUUCUGGAUCAGUAUCCUUACUUUAGGAAUAUCCUGGGAGAAGUCUGGAAGAACCCAGAGGGAUUGCUAUUUAUAUUUGAUGGCUUGGAUGAAUUCAAGGGCAUAAUCAAUUUUGCUGACAGUCGGAAAGACACAGAACCUCAGCACCAGUGCCCAGAUCCUGAAUCCCGGUCUGAAGUGUCUGACAUUGUGUACAGUUUAAUCCAGCACAAGCUGCUCCCAGGGUGUUCAGUGCUGGUGACCACCCGCCCCACUAUGUUACAUUUACUGGAACAGGCGAAGAUAAGUGUCUGGGCUGAAAUCCUGGGAUUUGUUGGUGAGGAACGGAAGGAAUAUUUCACCAGGUAUUUUGAAGAUCAGUCGGUGGCAGCAGCUGUUUUCAAACAUGUAAAGGAGAACGAGAUUCUUUUAGCCCACAGCACGACAGAUGGGAGAUUUGAAGUGUUUCUCCGUUUUGUCGCUGGUCUCGCCUCUCCCGGGGCAGCUCAGGGCCUGGAGGAGUUUCUGGGUCGAUUUCCUCAACAAACAACCUGCCGAGUGCUUGACUGGGUGAAGGAGGAGGUUAAACGCCGGGCUGGAAAUACAUGGACUAAAGCUGAUAAAAUGAGCCUCCUGAACACAAUGCACUACAUAUUUGAGUCUCAGAAUCGUGCACUAGCUCAGCAGACACUGGGAAGUGUGGAAACACUUUCAUUUUGUGGACUGGAACUGACCCCGAUUGACUGUGCGGUCCUGUCUCAUGUCAUUGGACUGUGUGAUACAAUCAAACACCUCGAUCUGGAGUACUGCCGCAUUCAGUGUGACGGUCUCCGGCGGCUGGGACCAGUUCUGCACCAGUGUCAGCACUUGGGACUGGGAGGGAACAGGCUGGGAGAUUCCGGAGUGAAAUUGCUGUCUGCGGCUCUGAUGAAUGCGGACUGUAAAAUACAGAGACUGGGGCUGUGGCGUAUCGGCCUCACAGAUUCUGGUGCCAAGAUUCUCGUCACCGCUGUUUGUACAAACCGCUCACUGAUGGAACUGAACCUGGGAGGAAACGACCUGGGAGAUUCUGGAGUGAAACUAGUGUCUGCAGCUCUGAGGAACCAGGACUGUCAAAUACAGAGAUUGCAGCUGCAAUGUGUCGGUCUCACAGAUUCUGGAGCCGAGGAUCUCGUCUCUGCCCUCAGUACAAACCACUCACUGACGGAGCUGGAGCUAACUGAGAAUAAAUUGGGAGAUUCCGGAGUGAAACUAGUGUCUGCGGCUCUGAGGAAGCCGGACUGUAAAAUACAGAAACUGUGGCUGGACGCUGUCGGUCUCACAGAUUCUGGAGCCCAGGAUCUCGUCUCUGCUCUCAGUACAAACCCCUCACUGACGGAGCUGGACUUGGGAGGGAAUGGCCUGGGAGAUUCUGGAGUGAAACUGGUGUCUGCGGCUCUGAGGAACCCUAACUGUAAAAUACAGAGACUGGGGCUGUGGGCUGUUGGUCUCACAGAUUCUGGAGCCGAUGAUCUCGCCUCCGCUCUCAGCACAAACCGCUCACUGACGGAGCUGAAACUGGGGAACAAUGAACUGGGAGACUCUGGAGUGAAACUGGUGUCAGCGGGUGUUAGGAACUCGGACUGUGAAAUACAGCGACUGUGGCUGGACAGUAUCAAUCUCACAGAUUCUGGACUCGAUGAUCUAGCCUCCGCUCUUAGUACAAGGCUCUCACUGCUGGAGCUGGAGCUGGGAUCAAACUCCCUCACAGACCGAUCUGUUGCCUCUCUUCGCCGCCUCAUACUUGCCCUCCCGAGUCUGGAACGGAUCAGGCUGGGGAGGAAUCGGUUUAGUGCAGAUGGACGGAACCAGCUGGAGAGUCUGUGUGGAAUCAGACCCGGGCUGAGUGUGGAGCUGUGAACAUCUCCAUGUGUGA